UCAAAUUUUGGGUUUACUUAAUUCCAUGGUGUGGGUUUAUAAUCAACAUAGCGUGGAUAUUUUGUGCGUUCUUUCGAUUUUAUCAAAUUUCAGAUUUGGUUUAAAAGAAAAUUUUAAAAUGGGUAAUAUACCCUAAAAAUAAAGGUGGAGGAACAAGAAAUAAAUACAGAGAAUGUAUGAUGAAAAUAAUGAUUUGUUUCUGGUAAACAUUUAAGAACGUAGACGUAAACAAAACAUCCGUUUUAUGACGUAAUAUGGAAAAGGCGCGCAGAUGAAACUGCUCUAGCAAAGAAUUCUUUGGCUCUAGCACAUUCGAAGGGCGAUCCAAUAAAUAUUAGUUUGGUGUCAAUUCGCUGUUGAGCUAUUCAGCAAAGAUUUUGAUAUGCAUUUCUCUUGGAAUAAUGUAAAUGACGAUGGACUUUUCGGCCCUAAGUCAUUGUUUAUGGUAACAUUAGACUAUGUAUCAAAGAAUGCAGAAAGCAUCCAAUGUUUAAUAGGUUUUCCCGAUAUUGUUGGGCAGAAAAUAUUUGAGCGAUAUAUAUCAUUGAAUGAAUUCAUUUGCUGUUCUGCUAGAGACCACAUAAAGGUCAUAAGAACUUUUAAAAUUGCCUAUGAAAAUCUCCUUUUAGAAUCUUUAAAUUUAAACUCAAAUCUGCUUGUAAUAAACGAAUAUUUAGAUCAUAUUUUAGAGCUAACACAUUUUAUAACUGAAUUAUGUGUUUGUGACUGUUAUUUAGGCAAUAAUCAUGAACUAAUAGAACAUAUUUCUAAUUUGCAUAGAUUUUGCCGUAGAAAUUCUGCAUUAGAGCUGAAAAAAUUGUGUUUGAAAAAUAAUUCCUUAAAAGAUGGAGCUAUUCGUAAAAUUACACUUCCACUGAGGAUGUUUAAUAAAGGCCCUACACAACUUGAAUAUUUGAACUUAGCAGGUAAUAAAAUAACAGAUGAUAUUGUACCUUGGUUAUCGGCAUUCAAGGCUUUGCAGUUUUUAAAUGUCACAGAUUCAGAUAUCACUAAUAAAGGUGCUGAUAUUAUUAAAAGGAAAUACUGUAUGGAACUUUAUUCAUCAGACUGCGAUACAACUGUAAUUGUAACCAAAGGUUGGGCUUCAGAUCUUAUUAAAAAAUGGAUUGAUAUCUGCACAUCUAGAAGAAAAAAUAAAAGGAUAAAAAUUCAAAAUUCAUUUUAUUCAAAGAAAAGAAGCAAUGAGGCUGAAAAAGCACUUUCUUAUAAUAAAGUAAAGACUAUUUCCAAGAUAAUGAUCUUCAAAAGAGUGCCAUACAAAGAAUCGUGUGUGAAUCCUUUGGCACCAAAAGUAACCACUCUCUUCCAGACACCUGAUUAUUAUAAAGAAGCUAUCAAAAAAGAAAUAUUUUCUCAAUAUUUAUUUAAUGGUCCAAAAUAAUUUCUGAUACAUGAACAUUAGUUUUCUCAUUAUAUUUUUAUCUUUUACAUAUUUUGACUGAAAAUAAACUAAUAAAAUUUAUACACAUUCCAUACUGUAUGCAUUAGCUUUU